AUGGGCCACCUGCAGCUCUGGCUGCUCGUCCUGGCCGGGCUCGCGGGGAUCGUGGCCCAGGAAGACCUUUACCGAAAGGUGUUCGUGUUCCGGAAGGAUCCCAGCGACGCCUACGUGGUGCUGCGAGCUCGGCUGGAGCAGCCCCUGCACAACUUCACCGUGUGCCUGCGCUCCUACACCGACCUCAGCCGGCCCCACAGCCUCUUCUCCUACGCCACCAAAGCCCAGGACAACGAGAUCCUGCUCUUCAAGCCCAAACCCGAGGAGUACCGCUUCUACGUGGGGGGAAAGUUCGUCACCUUCCGCGUCCCCGAGGGUGGCAGGGACUGGGAGCACGUCUGCGCCAGCUGGGAAUCCUCCACCGGCAUCGCCGAGUUCUGGCUCAACGGGAAGCCCUGGCCCAGGAAGGGGCUGCAGAGGGGCUACACCGUGGGGGCCACGGCCGCAAUCCUGCUGGGGCAGGAGCAGGACAGCUUCGGGGGCGGCUUCGACCCCUACAACUCCUUCUCGGGGGAGCUGACCGACGUCUACCUGUGGGACACGGGGCUGUCCCCGGACAAGAUGCGCGCAGCUUUCCUGUCCCUGCGCCUGCCGCCCGCCCUGCUGGCCUGGAAGAGCCUCAGCUACGAGGUGAAGGGAGAUGUGGUGGUGAAACCCCGGCUCCGGGAGGCGCUGGGGGCCUGAGGGCUGCGGGGUCUGGGGCGGGGGUGGCCUCGGUGCCCCCCCGUUCCCUCCUCACUCCCAUCACUCGCACCCAUCUCCCAUCACCCAGCACCCCUUCACCUCUACAGCCCCCCACUGCUGGGGACAGGGUCCCCCUGAGUGCCACCAUUCCCCCUCCCCACGCCCCCCGAGCUGCCCCACGGCCGCCCCUGCACGGGCAGGACACGGAUCCAGCGCUGCCCAGCCCCACGUGGAGGCAGGAAUGGGGA